CCCCAAAACUAGAUUUCAUGGACCACACAGGGUACAUGUGGCUAAAGCCAUGAACAAGGAAUGGUCACUUUGUUCAGAUUAACUGAACUCUUAUUGAUGGCUCUAGCUGUGCACAGAUGUGGGACACACACACAGUGCAAAGGGGCUGUUGGUCAGGGAGGGACUUUGUGCUUAAUGGCAGAAACGCCCCCUCCUCCCGCCCCCAUCCUUCAGCCGGACAAUUAGGACUCCCCCCAGUCCCUUUAAUCACCACAAGCAUGUCUCCGAGUGCUUAGCCGGGCUCAGGGUGUAGUGGCAGGUCAAUGAAUCAAGUCUCUCUCCGGCCGCGGGCAGCAGCUUCACUCUAUCACUUCGGCGUUGUCAGUAAGAGGCAGGGAGGACAAUCCGACGGGGAGGAGAAUCUAGCACUGCACGCGCAAUUUUAUCCCGAGCCCGGACUUCCCUUCUCCAGCCAUUCACACCGCUUCUCUCCUGUCUCCAACAAAUCCAGGCUCCCUCCAAAUCCCCCGACUGUUCCUGCAGUAGAGAUGGGUCGCAGCAGAUGGAAGCUGUGUACUCAGACCAUGAGCCCCCGCCCCCUCUCCCAUGCCUUUCCCGUAGCCAUCUCCAUCUCCCUCUCUCCCCAAACACGCUCAGUAAGGCGCUCGUGAGUCAGGCACACUAACCCGAUGCACUACUCCAGCAAAGAGCAUCCAUGAUCCCUGAUCCCUGAACUGAUCCUAGGGCUGCAAAGCCGGAUUAGAGGUGACCAGCAGGCAGCAUUAUCUUCUCUCCCUCCAGCACAAAGGAAGAACUAUGUGCAAAAUCUUUUUCAUAUAGAUAAAGACUCAAAAUAGAAAAGCAUAAUAACAAAUACAGGAGAAAAUAUCCCAUAGUAUGGGGAAAUACAAGAACUCUUGAAGCCAUCUCUGACAAUGUGCACUCUUUUCGGGUGUUCCAAAGCCCUGUUUCUAGUGAUGUUUUGCAGGUUAAUGAAAACGUCCACAGCUGAAGGAAAAGGUGAAAUUCUUCCUCCAACUAUACAGAAAAUAAUGAAGGGAUACAACAAGUACCUACGUCCAUUUUUUGAUAACGGUCCUGUCUCAGUAGGAAUGAGUAUGGAUAUAGCAAGCAUUGAUACAAUAUCAGAAAUAAACAUGGAUUACACAGCUACCAUAUUUCUUAGACAACGAUGGACUGAUGAACGACUUUGUUUUGAGGGUAAUAAGAGUUUAAGUUUAGAUGGUCGUCUCGUAGAAAUGCUUUGGGUACCAGACACCUUCAUAGUAGACUCAAAGAAAUCUUUUCUUCAUGAUAUCACUGUUGAAAAUCGUCUAAUAAGAAUAUAUCCCAAUGGAACAGUCCUUUAUGCCAUACGGAUAACUGCAACUGUUGCAUGUAGUAUGGAUUUGACCAAAUACCCUAUGGACAAGCAGACAUGUACCUUGCAACUGGAAAGCUGGGGCUAUAAUAUCAAUGAUGUACAGUUUUACUGGACCAGAGGAAAUGAUUCAGUUCGAGGCUUGGAGACACUCCGGUUGGCACAAUAUACAGUAGAAGAUCAUUUUACUUCAGUAUCUGAAGCAGUCUAUGAAACAGGACGCUAUCCAAAGUUAAUAUUCCAUUUUGAGCUCAAGAGGAACAUCUUGUAUUUCAUACUAGAGACAUAUGUACCAUCCAUCUUGCUAGUUGUACUCUCCUGGGUAUCAUUCUGGAUAAGCCAAUCAUCAGUUCCAGCCAGAAUCUGCAUAGGUGUCACAACAGUGCUUACCAUGACAACUCUCAUGAUGGGAGCCAGGACUUCACUUCCUAAUGCUAAUUGCUUCAUAAAGGCAAUUGAUGUAUACCUUGGUAUUUGUUUUAGUUUCAUCUUUGGGGCUUUGUUGGAGUAUGCUGUGGCUCAUUUCUGCACUCUUCAUCGUUCCAAUUUGAGGGUACUCACAAAGGAUGAGGAUGAAGAGGUUGAAGAAGAGAUUAAUGGAGUACUGGCAACAAUUGCAAACAGUUGUAAUGUCUCUGACAAGAUUAACAAGGUUGAUUCAAAGAAAAACAUCAAUACCAGCAGUAACAGAAAAGACGAGAAAAGUAAACACAGUGGGUGUAGUUCACCAAUGACAGUGAUGAAAAGACUCUUCUGUAUCUCUGACUGUUUCUAUGUUAAAAACCCAUACCACAUAGACAACUAUGCCAGACUCUCUUUCCCAUUAUCAUUUAUCAUAAUAAAUGUAUUUUACUGGGUAUAUUAUUUGUAUUUCUAAGUAUUUUAAGCUAUAAAACUGUCAUGUAAAUUAAGGUAAGACAUAAUGAGUACAGUUGGGAAAGUUGCAUUGGUUUUGUCAGAGUAACAUUUUUAUUUUACGAUGCAGUAUGGCUAGGGCCCUACCAAAUUCAUGGCUGUGAAAAAUGCAUCACAGACCAUGAACUCUGAUCUCCUCCAUGAAAUCUGGCUGUUGUAGGAGAGGAGCAGAGCUGAGGGCACCCCAAGUUGGGGGCUCCUACCAUGUGCUGGGUUCCAGCUGCUAGUCCUGGCCUAGGCUGGGGAAGGACGGGACUGGACUUCUUCCCCGUCAGGGGCUGCUCCUGGAGGCAGUCAGAUCCAUCUCUGGGAAUGUCCCCCAGCUGCAGGAAACUCCACAACUGCUGGCUGUGAGCCUAGCUCUGAAGGCAGUGCAGAAGGGAGAAUGCUCUCAGCCCCUGACCCGGGCGGAGAGGCUGGGGCCCCAGCUGUCAACCCCAGACCUGGGCAGAGAAGCUGCUAGGAAAACCCAAACAUAUAGUAACCAACCCUCCAUAUCCUGCAACCCUCACUUCUGCGCUGCUGUUGGUCAGGGGCGGCUCUAGUAAUCCGGCCGCCCCAAGCAGGGUGGCAUGCCGCAGGGGGCGUGCUGCCGGGCGCCGGU